AUGAAGAUAAGUAGAUUUAAAUAAAUAGAUCAAAAAACUCUGAAUUAUGUCUAGAUUAAAAGAUUUCUUUAUGUAUUGAAAUUUUAGAAAAGAAUCAAUAAAAUCGAAAACUUGAAGAUCUUUAAGUAAUUGUAAUGAAUAAUUAGAUUAUUGAAAAAUUUGCAAUAAGAAAUAAGUUUUUCAAAUAAAUUUAAGAGGAGCGAGGAGAAAAUAUAUUAAAAGAAUGUUGCAAAAGAAUAAAUUUAGAAAGUUAUGAAGAAGUAAAGUUUAUAGUGAUAUAAAGAAUUAAGUAGUUUUUGAAUAAGGAGAAAGAGCUUAUUCUUUUUUUAUAAUACUUGUAGGAAAUGUUUAAGUAUAUGUAUAUAAGAAUCCAAAGAUUGAUAUUAAAGAAGAGGAUCUAGAUAGAGCAAGUUUAAUAAAGAAAAAGUAAAUGGUUAAAAAAUAUUAGAGAGAUCAUUCAAUACAAAUAAAUUAAUUCAAGGUUAAAGUUUUGGAGAGAUGGCUUUGUUAAAUGAUAGUUUAAGAUCAGCUAGUAUUAUUUGUGAUACAAAAUGUAUAUUUGGUGUUUUAAGUAAAAAGGAUUACAAAGAAAUCUUAUAAAAAGCAUAAGAAAAUAAAAUGAAUUAAUAACUUAAAGAGUUUCAUGCAUGUAUGGAAUAUCAUAAUCUUUCUACAAAAUUGUUGGACAUCCUCUUUUUUGCUUUUCAAAGUUUCCAUUAUUAAUUCAGAUAAGGUGUCUAUUAUCAAGGUUAAUAGAGUAAAUAAGAAAUAUAUCUAAUUAAAAAUGGAGAAUUCAUCAUAACAGAGAACAACGACGAUUAUUAUAAUCCUAAAAGAUGUGUGAAAUAUAUUGCAUUGUUAUAAAAGGGAUAAUUCUUUGGAGAUCAUGAAUGUUUUUUAAAUUUAGAAAAACGUUAAUAAAAUGUUAUUUGCAAUUCUGAAAAUGGAAUAGUAUUAAAAAUAUAAUUAAGUAACUUAAUUUAAAGAUUGUAAUCUACAAAUUAGAUGCAUUUGUAUGAUUAAUUAAAAAAUGCUUGUUUAUAGAGAGAAUAAAUAAGAUUGGAACGAAAAUCAAGACAAAUAACUUUAAAUGAAAACUAUUUUAUUGAUAUGAAAUACGUUAAAUAAAGAAAUUUAUCAUAUUAAGUAAAGAGUGUUCGCUCUGCAAGAAGAAAUACUUUUAGUAUUCGAAGUCCAUUAUAAAUGGCUUAAGAUGUUAUUAAGAAUAAAAAACAAGUUUAUUUGCAAUUAUAUAAAGAGGAAGAUUAUAGACCUUAAACUUAAUAAAAAUUAACAAACAUUUUAAAAUAAAACAUUUAAUAAUUAAGAAAAUAGACUUGGGAAUAAUUUUUAAUAAAUGA